GAUCCCGCACUUGUAGCCGUGUGGUUCAAACAUCAGUUCACACCCAGGAGUGCAACGGUACGCUUGUAUUGAUCGAAAAUUGUUUGUUUGUUUGUCUGAAGGUAAUAUGACUGACGCGAAGCUACUACUGGAGCCGGGGCAGGUUAUCCGUCCGAUAAUCGACCACGAGCAGGUGAAGCUACUGGCCGAGCGUCUCUACGGGAUAUCCGUGCUGGACCUGACCGAGCUGAACGGCUACGACGACAAGAACUACAAGCUGACCGAGGACCCGAACAUGAAGAACCCGCUCAUCACGAACCACUCGCCCUACGGCUACGUCCUCAAGAUCAUGAAUUCGAUUGACUCGCAGAACGUCGGCGUUGUCGAGGCCCAAAAUGAGAUUAUGAAUUUUUUGGCCACUCGCUCCGUGACCUGUCCCAAGCCAGUACGGAAUAUAUUCGGUCAUCUACACUCCAUCGAGGACCUGGGAGGCAAGAAACACGCCGUAAGACUGCUGGAGUAUGUACCGGGAGAGCUCUUGAAGAACUGUCCCUUGUCCGAAGCUCUCCUGUAUCAGCUCGGAGAAUUUGUCGCUAAUCUGGAUAACAAAUUGCAGAACUUCAACCACUCCGGUCUGGUCAGCAGACAGCACAUGUGGAUGCUCUCUAUGGUCCCAGAGCUGGAGAAAUUCAAGUAUGUGAUCAAGGACUCGGAGAAGCUGGAUUUAGCAGAAGAGGUGAUAGAAGAAUUCAAGUAUGCUGUGGUGCCACGCUUGGACGAGCUGGAGAAGGGAGUGAUCCAUGGUGAUAUCAAUGAGAUGAACGUGCUUGUUCUACCGAAGGAUGCUGGCGCAUCGGAUUAUCGCAUAUCAGGAGUGAUCGAUUUUGGGGACAUCCAAUAUUCGUACUACGUGUUUGAGCUGGCCAUCACUAUGACGUACAUGAUGCUGAUGUCCGGGGACCCCAGGGUAGGGGGACUGGUGCUCGCCGGCUACACGGUCACCAGGAGGCUGCCUGAUGAAGAAUACAGACUAUUGAAGACCCUGAUCUCGGCUCGUCUGGUCCAGAGUUUGAUCUUAGGCGCGUACACUCUGGAACAAGACCCGAAAAACACGUAUGUCACGUCCACUGAGAAAGCGAAUGGAUGGGAACUGCUCCGAAAGAUCAGGAAAACGAAACCCACAGAGAACGGAGACCCCACGGACUGGAAGGCCAUUGCCAAUGAGUUUUUGACUAGAAGCUAAAUAAACGUAAAAAUAAUAAUAUUGGUAAUAGGUGGAGCAUUAAGAGCGUUUUGCAUGAAGCCACCAAUAGAAAGUAUUGUAACCAAAAAUUUGUUUUUGAGUUAAAGAAGUAAUGUCAUUUAUUUUUAGUGUGUAAUCGAAAAGUAAUCGAUUUUUCACGUAAUAAUAUGUCACUGAAAUUAAUUACGAACAUUCUGUUUUGUAGGACCUAAAUACGCAAGUCCAGACGUAGAAUAAUAAUUUGAUAGUAAAGUUGAAAAGAGGUAAUUAAUGUAUUCUUCAACUUUCUUAUCUUCUUGAUCUUUAAAAAAUAUAGAUUUAUUGGAGAAAUAAAAAUCCAGUUACAUUUUUAGCAUUCAAAUAAGAAUUCAGUUACAGUUAUAUUUCAAUAAUCACAUAUUUAUAACAACUAUAAGCAAAAAGAGAAUAAUUGAAAGCGAAAUGCUUGCUUAGUAUGAUGUUGUAAAUGAAUAAAAUCCAUAUUAAUAUUCCGUAGUGUUGUUACGUAGGAAGUUAGGUAGUAGUUUAUUUGUAUUCAGAUAAGUAUUAUGUUUGUAAAUCAUUAGUAUUAAAUAAAGACUGUUAAGUGAAGGAA